AUGUCAAUGAUUCCUUGUUCACAGUGCGACAAGCUGUUCACUGACAAAGAUCAUCUGAAGGAACACACGUUCGUGCACACUAAACUUAAACCGUUUUCCUGCUCACAGUGCGAGAAAUCCUUCGCCAGACUUCAUAGUCUUCAGCAGCACGAGUCUCUUCAUUCCACGGAGAAAUCUCACCACUGCCAGAAAUGUAAUGCCUGUUUCCACAAGCAAGCAGAUCUGCAGAAGCAUAUGCGUAGUCACAGGAACGACUCCUCUCCAUGGUGUGAACAAUGGGACAUGUCUUUUCCAACGUCUAAGGAUCUUCAUGAACAUUCCUGUAGUGUCCACGCAAAAGAUGGUGAUUUCAAAUGCAGUCACUGCAGUAAGCAGUUCAGGCGCAGGGUAGACUUUGAUGUGCACACGAGAACGCACACGGGACUGAAGUUGUUCAAAUGUAACAUCUGUAACAGAGGAUUCUGUGGGAAAAGUGGUCUCAGAAAACACACCCUGGGAAAACACACUGUGCGUACAUCAAACUGA